UCAGUCGACGCUUGCCACUCAGACCGCUCAGACAUGUCGCGCCCGUCGUGAGUGCCAGUUAGCCAUCCACAUUAAUAUACAUAUAUAUAAAUUAACAUCCUCGAAGAGAGAGAGCAGCAGCCAUCAAGUCGAAGACUGUGUAAAACGCAAAACAACGACGCCAUCAGAUGUUGCAGGAUAACAUAAAAUAAUACCAAAGCUAAAUCAUUCUACAAGAAUUGCAAAACCCAGAAAAUAGUGCUCAAGUGUAUCGUAUAAAACAUCAAAUUGUGCAAAUUAGUUACAGUUAGUUAAAACGCCAGCAGAAGUUUCAUAUGCAAAUACACAAAAAAUAAUGUGCAAUAAACUACAAAUCACUUCAAACAAAGGCAACGCAGCAGCAUCCAAAACGUUAGUCACAUCCAGUUGGAGUUGCUCAUAUAGUCAUAAAAGUACUUUUGACAUUUUGUUGGGAUUUACGCAUGGAGAACACCGAAUAAACUAGAGAAGCAGAACUAAAAAAAAAACCCAUCAAAGCACAUCACAAUUCCAGAUCGAAGCACCCUAGCUGUGAAAGAAGUGUCCGACAACAGGUCGGAAUUGAAAAAAAAGAGAAAAACUGAGACGAGAAUGAAAAUGUCAGAGGUGCCACGCAUCAAGGUCUUCCGACCCACCUGGGAGGAGUUCAAGGACUUUCCCAAGUACGUGGCCUACAUGGAGUCCCAGGGUGCCCACAAAGCCGGUUUGGCCAAGGUGGUGCCUCCGCCGGAAUGGGUGCCCCGUCGCAGUGGGUACGCCGAUCUCGAUGCUCUAAAUGUCACAAUUCCGGCGCCCAUUUGCCAGGUGGUAACCGGCAAACAGGGAUACUACCAGCAGAUUAACAUCCAGAAAAAGCCACUCACAGUUAAGCAGUUUAGCGAGUUGGCCAGCACCGAGCGUUACGCCACACCCAAACACUUUGACUUUGAGGAUCUGGAGCGCAAAUACUGGAAGAACAUAACAUAUGUGGCGCCCAUUUAUGGGGCAGAUGUCAGCGGAAGUAUCACAGACACAGACCAGGAUAGCUGGAACAUCAACCGGCUGGGCACAAUUCUUGACUAUGUCAACAAGGAUUAUAACAUCCAGAUAGACGGCGUGAACACAGCCUACUUGUACUUUGGCAUGUGGAAGACGACCUUUGCAUGGCACACGGAGGACAUGGAUCUCUAUUCCAUCAAUUACUUACACUUUGGGGCGCCAAAGACGUGGUAUGUGGUGCCGCCGGAGUGUGGUCGCAAAUUGGAGAAGGUGGCCAACCAGUACUUUCCGGCCAGUUACAAGAAUUGCAACGCAUAUUUGCGCCACAAGAUGACGUUGAUUUCACCACAGAUUCUCAAGCAACAUGACGUGCCCGUCAGUAAGAUCACGCAGGAGGCGGGCGAGAUCAUGAUCACAUUUCCGUUCGGCUAUCAUGCCGGCUUCAAUCACGGCUUUAACUGUGCCGAGUCCACCAACUUUGCCAUGGAGCGCUGGAUCGAGUACGGCAAGCGGGCGGUGCAGUGCACCUGCAGCAACGAUAUGGUCAAGAUCUCGAUGGACACAUUUGUCAAGCGCUUCCAAAGCGAUCGCUACGAUCUGUGGAUGGAGGGGCGUGACGUGGGGCGGCAUCCGGAGGAUCCGCCAAACGCGGUGCUCAGUGCAGCACCCCUGCCACCACAUCUCGAUGUCUUGCUGUGUGAUAAAAAAAUGAAAAAGCAAUGCAAUCCUACCAAGGCCAAGAGUUUCAAAGAGCGUAAUCCCGAUCUGGACCUGGAUGAAAUCCAGCAGAAUCCCAACGUCCCCGACGACGUCAAGGCCAUGCUGAAGGAGAGCGUGCUGACGCUGGACACGGGCGAUCUGGCCACGGAUGAGGCUGAUUUUCCCAACGAGGAUGCCAUGAGUCUACAGAGUCCGGCGAAUCUGAAGACCAAGCAGGAGCUGCUUGAGUACAUUGACGACGGCACAGAAGAUGAUGAUGAGGAGGAGGACUUCAAGCGGCGCAAGCAGAAGCGGCGCUAUGAUGCCGACUAUGACGACGAUUGGCUGGCGUCCAAGCGCAAGACUAACUCGCGAAACAAUCGCGGCCGUAGUCCGCGCACCAAGGACGACCGUUCCAUAUCGCCGGCCUCCUCCACCUCCUCGACGUCGAGGGGUGCAAGGCGUGGCAAGGCCAGUGGCACGCCCCGAAAGACUCCUGCGCGGCGGAAAAAGGACUCAAUCACCACGUCUCCGGCGGUUAGUUCUGCAGCAACUGCCGUAAAAACACCGACAUCCGCCGUAGUCGCUGGAACAACAUCAAUAGCCACAACCACAACACCACCAGCAGAUGGCGGAGGAGAUGCCAAAAAGGAGCGACAGUCGCUGCAGUUUAUGCAACAAUCGCGUAAAUUUGAGGGCAAGAUACCAAAACUAAGUCAAACGAGUGCAGCAACAGGAGGAGCAACGGCAGCCGCAGAAGCAUCCACAUCCAAGUCUAGUCAAGGGCAGCAGCAACAGAUUGUCUACGUCAACAUGUUGCCCGCGGCCAAUACCCUGAAUGGCAUUCCACAGCAGCAGCAGCAGCAACAAUAUGCGAGCACGGAUGGAAAUGUCUAUCAGCUGCAAAAUGAAAUACUCUGUGAUGCAAAUGGACAUGCCGUGACUGCCGCCACGGCCUCAUAUCAAACUACGGCCAGUAGUCCGCAGCAGCAGCAACAGCAGCAGCAGCAGCAACAGAAUGUUGCAACUAGUGUUGCCGCUACGAUAUAUCAGAGGCAGUGCUAUUAGCUCUCUGAAUAAAACGAUCCACACAGAAAGCUGCAGCCAAAGUACCAAAAAUUCUAUUUAACGAAUACAAGACUCAACACCGAGUUCGCAAUGAAUACGAUAGCUAAACGAAUCGAGUUUAAAAGUGAAUACCACCCAAUCAUAAUCCCCAAACGAAAGCAACGCAAAUGGAAGACAUUUUCAAUGUUUGCCCAGAUCAACGGACAAGCAUAUAAAUAAAUAAUCCACCAAACUAACUUAGCGAAGCAUUUGUGUACUUACAUCCGACACAUCACAUACUCAUAAUAGUCGGUUGCUUGAGGAGAUCUCGUCUCGUCUCGCCUUAUUCAUUGAUUCAUUCACUAUUCCAUCGUCACUUGUUGUGUGUGCGUGUGUGCAAGAGCAGCAACGAGCAAAUACCAAAAAAAUCGAAAGAAACAAGCAAAUAAUGAUCUCUCCAUGAAACAUAAAAAAUAAAUUAAACAUAUAAAAAAAUAUUGGACAAUUAGUGAAAGGUUCUUCUAAACACGACAACCACCAGAAACAAAUGUUCAAGAGGCCAUACAACACCACACCAAGCAACAACAACAGAACCCAGAACACCAUCACCAAUCCAAGUCCGAACUCGAAUUCGAAUCCGAAUCAGAAUCAGAAUCGGAUUCAGAGUCAGAUCAAUAACACCACACAAGAUGAUUCGCAACGCCGGCAAGUGGAAGCGUAUCGCAUUUACUACGAAGAAAUCGUCGUCAAGCAGGCUAAUGCCCGUGCUCGUCUUGGCGACAGCAGCACACGUUGCAGCAACAGCAUCACCAGCCGCAAUACCAGCAGCAGUGGCCGCGGCAGCAGUUUCGUCGACAAGUUCGCUGACUUUGUGACCCACUCGAGCCGAACUUCUCCCAUGCCCAAUCCCCCUGCCCAGUCCCAUGUGCCGCCAACCACAAGAAAUGCGACUAAUGCAAUCCUUCCUCCCAAAACAAACAGCAGCAGCAGCAGCAGCGGCGGCAACAGCAGCAGCAGCGGAGCCACUAGCAACAAUGCAUCCACCGUGGUGAGCAGCAGUGCGAGCAAUGGCCUCAAGCCGGCGGCCAAGAAGACACCAGUCAUUCUGCUGGCCGCUCGUGGUGCCGCCAAGCAGCCGCAGCUCAGCAUUCUUAAUGGCAACACCAAGGCCGGAACCGGAAAUGCAAGCGGAGGCGGCGGCGGUGUUACAUUGGUGCGCGUCAAUGCAACCAAUCGCAAUCAGCGCCAAGUUAUCGUCGCUCCGGAGGCAACACCUGUGGAACACCAGCAGCCAGUGGUCGAGGAGGAGAUGUUGGCCGAGGACGAUGAGCUCGACGAGGACAUGGAUGAGGAUGCAGUUGCCCUGUCCGGGCUCUCCUCCUCGACUGCCCAGAUCCUGCGAAAGUUCCGCAUACCCAAGGGGACGGCCGUGACGGCCAAGUCGGGGGAGAACUACCUGGCCAUGCCGACACCAACACCCUCGCCGCCGGGUGUCGUCAAUUUGGUUAGCUCCGGCGUUGAGGCUUCCGGCUACAUAGAGAACGACGACGACAUCAUCGAGGAGCUCAACGAGGACGACCUGGUCGAGGAGAUCAUCGACGAGGAGCCCAGUCAGGAGCAGCCGGAGUUGCAAGAGACGACGACCGCCAAUGGCCUAGAUCUGAGCAGCACGAACAAUGCGACUGCCACAACGACUGGCACCGCCAUGCUGCUGGCCCCACAACCGCCUCCGCUUCAGCUGCAGACUGUGGCCUCCAACGGCACCGUGACCUGCUUCAACCUGCCGGCCAACACCAUCCUGCUGCAGUCGCCCGAUGGCAGCAUAAUCGCCGCCACCCAGGUGCCGCAUCCCAGCAAGGCGGGUCAGCAGCAGCUGAUUGCGUUGCCGGGCAACGUGGCCCUGGCCACCGAACAGGCGUCGCAGUCUCAAGCCACAUCGGCUCCACAGGCCACGCAGACCCUGAUCCUGACCGCCGACGGCACGGCCAUUCCCAUCCUGGCCACAAAUCCCCAACAGCAGCAGCAGCAGCAGCAGCAACAGCAGCAGCAGCAACAACAGCAACAGGCUGCCGCUGCUGCUGCUGCUCAGUUGUUCGCCGCGUAGGGUCUAAUGGGUGGCCAAAUGGGUCGAUUUUUGAACAGUGCCACCAUAAUGCCGACCACAUACUUCUUUUAGAAAUCUCAAAAAUGUUCCGCGCAGAUUCGGUUGCCCAUGGCGCAAAGCUGGGAACGCAGCUCUGUGCCGUCGGCAACGUUUAAAUGUUUUUAGGGUUUUAGAAUACUUCAAAAAUCGUCACAUUUGGCCACCAAAAUGCGGGGAGAAAUGCAACAGGAGCGUUUGCUGUAAAGAAACGAAUGAAAUGGAAGGAAUAUUAACUCAAACUUAAGCCAAGCUAACUCAUUGAUAUUACCACACUGUUGGAUGUGCAUACGAAAUUUAUUUUUUUACUCAAAAACCAAAUGCCUACAAGAAUAUAAAUCAAAUGUUGUUCAACACACAGAAACAAACACACACACGCGAAUGGAUUUGAGGCGGAAUCAAAUGCAUUCGGUUCACGGCAAACUUAAGAGCAUCGUAAAUUAAAAUAAUUUUUACGCCUAAGAUAAAUUUUAAAUGUUUAAGUGCAAAACACGAGACACACACCCCAAACCAGAUGUAACAAUUUCACCUGCCUACAGUGCGGGCAGAAUAUGUUUAGCGUAAUUUAGUUUUGCAAGAACGAUUCCGUUUCGAUGAAAAGGAUAGCUCACUUUUGUAACUACCGGGAGCGUUCUCAAGAAAUAUACUUAUAAAUAUAAUUUGUUCCUUGCAUAAUGAGAGAUAGACAGCUAGAGCGACUAUGCAACGUAUUUCAUGUAGUAUUUAUUCGAUAAGUUCUCGAUCUAUUUAUUUAUUUUUGUUAACUAUUUCCAUUCGUGUGACCCGCCGCCACCUUUGUCAUUACACUUUCUUUUGCCAUGUUGUAUAUUCUUUAC